AUAUACUGUGGCAGAGAGAGCUUAAAAAAAAUUGCAAGGCAAAGUUCCAUAUUUAUAGCAUCCAAGGUCUUUUCCCUCUCCAUCUGUCUGGCGUCCACACUGUAAAAUUAGAGUGCAUAUGAAUGAAAUGGUCGCUACUUUUCUUCAGCUUAACAAAAAUAAGGGUUGGUUUCUCUAGAAACUUUCUUCUCUAAUCCAAAAACCUUCCCAUGGCCAGUUCUGCAAUGAAGUUUGUCUUCCUCUCCUCCCUUCUUGUGUUCCUCACUUGUGUUCAUUCUGUUUCUUUCCAUAAUCUGUCUCUCAGAAGGCAGGCUUCAAUCCUGGUUUCUGUCAAGCAAUCUUUUGAAGCAUCAAAUCCUUCUCUCAAUAGCUGGAAUGUAUCAAACUACAUGUUCCUCUGCUCUUGGGCUGGUAUCCACUGUGACAACAUGAACAUAUCAGUUGUUUCAUUGGACAUAUCCAAUUACAACCUCUCCGGUUCUCUUUCACCUGCAAUCACAGAACUGAGAACCCUUGUCAAUCUUUCAGUGUCAGGAAAUGGAUUCUCAGGCAUUUUUCCGCCUGAAAUUCACAAGCUAGCCAGGCUCCAAUACCUCAACAUAUCCAACAAUGGCUUCAGUGGAAACUUGAGCUGGGAAUUUGCUCAGUUGAAGGAGCUCAUAUUGCUGGAUGCUUACAACAAUAAUUUCAAUGGCUCACUGCCAUUAGGUGUCACUCAAAUUCCCAAGCUAAAGCGCCUAGACUUUGGCGGGAAUUUCUUUAGUGGAAAUAUCCCUCCAAGUUAUGGAAAUAUGGUGCAGCUCAAUUAUCUUUCAGUUGCAGGAAAUGAUCUGAGUGGUUUCAUACCAAGUGAGCUUGGUAAUCUUACUAACCUCAAGCAGCUUUUCUUGGGUUACUACAACGAAUUCAAAGGCGGAAUCCCACCUGAGAUCGGUAAGCUGAUCAAUCUGUUCCAUUUAGACCUUGCAAAUUGUGGCUUGGAGGGACCAAUCCCUCCAGAGCUGGGAAAUCUAAAACAGCUAGACACUUUGUUCCUGCAAACAAAUCAGCUCAGUGGUUCCAUUCCAGCUCAACUGGGAAACUUGAGUAGCUUGAGGUCUCUUGAUCUUUCAAACAAUGCAUUAACAGGAGAUAUCCCUGCUGAGUUCUCUGCGCUCCACGAGCUUACCCUCUUGAACCUGUUCAUCAACAAGUUUCAUGGGGAGAUUCCUCAUGCCAUUGCAGAGCUGCCCAAGUUGGAAGUCUUGAAGCUGUGGCAUAACAAUUUCACUGGAGCAAUUCCUUCAAAGCUUGGCCAGAAUGGUAAAUUGAUUGAGCUUGAUCUGUCAAGUAAUAAGCUCACUGGGGUGGUCCCAAAAUCUCUUUGCUUUGGAAGAAGGCUGAAGAUCUUAAUUCUGCUCAACAAUUUUCUCUUUGGACCUCUACCAGAUGAUCUUGGUAAAUGUGACACUCUCGUAAGAGUGCGAAUGGGGCAGAACUAUCUGACCGGAUCAAUACCACAGGGGUUUCUUUACUUGCCAGAGCUCUCACUUGUAGAGCUACAGAACAAUUAUCUUACUGGACAGCUACUGGAGGAAGCAAGCAAGGUACCCUCCAAACUUAGCCAGCUAAAUCUGUCAAGCAAUCGCUUAUCGGGGCCACUUCCUACUUCUAUUGGAAAUUUCUCUAGCUUGCAGAAUCUUCUAUUAAGUGGAAACCAGUUUACCGGAGAAAUUCCAUCUGACAUAGGCCGGUUGGUAAAUGUUCUCAAGUUGGAUUGUAGCAGAAACAAUUUUUCUGGCAGAAUCCCUCCGGAAGUUGGAAAUUGUCUCUCACUGACUUAUUUAGAUUUGAGCCAAAACCAACUCACGGGUCCAAUCCCAGUUCAAAUUGUUCAAAUUCACAUAUUGAAUUACUUCAACGUCUCUUGGAACCACUUAAACCAGAGCCUGCCAAAGGAACUUGGGUCCAUGAAGAGCCUAACCUCUGCUGAUUUUUCCCACAAUAGCUUCUCUGGUUCAAUACCACAAACAGGACAAUACUUAUUCUUUAACUCCACCUCCUUUGUAGGCAACCCUGAGCUCUGUGACUCUUCUGAAAAGCCAUGCAACUACUCUUCAAGCUCACCAUCAGAGGAUCACAAUCAAAAUGGCACCAGGUCUCAAGUCCUCGGGAAGUUCAAGCUUGUCUUUGCUCUAGGACUCUUGCUAUGUUCAUUUGUGUUUGCAACCCUUGCAAUCAUAAAGACCAGAAAGGUGAGGAAAAAAUCGAACUCAUGGAAGCUCACAGCAUUCCAAAAGCUAGAAUUUGGAAGUGAAGACAUUUUAGAGUGCAUAAAGGAAAACAAUGUUAUAGGGAGAGGUGGAGCUGGGAUUGUCUAUAGAGGAACAAUGUCCAGUGGAGAGCAAGUAGCUGUGAAGAAGCUUUUGGGCAUUAACAAAGGCUCUUCUCAUGAUAAUGGUCUCUCUGCAGAAAUUCAGACACUUGGUAAAAUCCGACACCGAAACAUUGUCAGAUUGCUAGCAUUUUGUUCAAAUAAGGAGACCAAUCUGCUUGUCUAUGAGUACAUGCCAAAUGGAAGUUUAGGUGAAGUUUUGCAUGGGAAAAGAGGAGGAUAUCUUAAGUGGGAGACUAGGGUGAACAUAGCCAUAGAAGCAGCAAAAGGCCUUUGUUACUUGCACCAUGAUUGUUCCCCUCUGAUUCUUCACAGGGAUGUUAAGUCCAACAACAUUCUGCUAAACUCAGAUUUUGAGGCUCAUGUAGCAGAUUUUGGGCUUGCCAAGUUCUUGCAAGACACUGGAACAUCAGAAUGCAUGUCUGCAAUUGCUGGCUCAUAUGGCUAUAUUGCUCCAGAGUAUGCCUACACAUUGAGAGUUGAUGAGAAAAGUGAUGUGUAUAGCUUUGGGGUGGUGCUAUUGGAGCUCAUUACAGGAAGAAGGCCAGUUGGUGGUUUUGGAGAAGAGGGUCUUGACAUUGUUCAGUGGACCAAAAUACAGACCAACUUACUCAAAGAAGGGGUGAUAAAGAUCCUAGAUAAACGGCUAGACAGUGUUCCGUUGGAUGAAGCAAUGCAGGUGUUUUUUGUAGCAGUUUUAUGUGUUCAAGAGCAGAGCGUGGAGAGACCAACCAUGAGAGAAGUUGUUCAAAUGCUUGCACAGGCAAAACAACCAAACACAUUUCACAUGCAAUGAAGAAUGGCUUCAUGGAGCAACAUUUUGGUGACCCAGAAACCAAAAAAAGAGAAAAGAAAAGUCAUGGACAUGUAUAAUAACAGAUGAUUUUUGGAUCAAGUUGCGAGAAUGGUUGAUUAAUGGUAUAGUAGCAGCUAGCUGGGGCCAUAGUAUAUAACAAGAUUUUAUGCUUCUUUUUUGAAUUAUUUUUGGGGUCUCUUUUAUGCUUGGUUAAGAUAGCAUCUUUGCUCUACUGUUGGUGUAUUUGUUAGCUUGAAGCUUAGCUUUGUUCUGGUCAUCAGUGGCAUGCAAAAGUGAAGUGGUGAAGCGCACUGUAAAAGCGAUAUUGGUAAUGGUUCGUUUGUAUUAUUGUGUCAUCAUCAUAAACUUAUGACCAAAUGAUGUGAGGUUUCCUUUUCUAUACUGUUUAGAUUUUGUA